GUGCUCGCGACAACUCGCUGCAGCGUCCCGACAACUGUCGCUGUGACUCGCGUUUCACAUAAUAAUAAUUAUUAUAAUAUUUUUCAAAAAACACAAAAAAAAUCAAUAUGGCAACGAUGAGUGUGACUAUCGCUGUCGCUGUCGCUGUUUUCUUGUAUACGGCAGUCGUCGGAACGGGAAACACGAUUGAGACUAGUAAACCAACUUUUACUAUUGAUUAUGAGAGAAAUGAGUUCUUAAAAGACGGCCAAGUAUUUCGAUAUGUCUCCGGUUCGUUACAUUAUUUCAGAGUUCCUAAACCUUAUUGGAAGGAUAGAAUUCAAAAAAUGAAAGCAGCUGGUCUAAAUGCCAUAUCAACUUAUGUAGAAUGGAGUUUACAUGAACCGUAUCCAGGCGUAUAUAACUUUGAUGAUAUAGCUGAUUUGGAGUAUUUCUUGCAAUUAGUUAAAGACGAGGGUAUGUAUUUGUUGCUCAGGCCAGGACCAUAUAUUUGUGCCGAAAGAGAUUUUGGCGGAUUUCCAUUUUGGUUAUUGAAUGAGGUGCCCAAAAAACGUUUGAGAACUAAUGAUUCAAGUUAUAAACAUUACGUCACUAAAUGGUUUAGUGUACUCAUGCCCAAAAUUGACCGCUUUUUGUAUGGAAAUGGUGGAAAUAUAAUUAUGGUUCAGGUUGAGAACGAAUAUGGUAGCUACAACGCCUGCGAUCAAGAGUAUAUGUUGUGGUUACGAGAUUUGUUUAAAAGUUACGUUGGAUAUAAAGCUUUAUUAUACACAACCGAUGGAUGUGGAUAUUCUUAUUUUACAUGCGGUGCUAUUCCUGACGUUUACGCUACUGUGGAUUUCGGUUCUUCUACCAAUGAUGUUUUCCAAUGCUUUAAAUAUAUGAGAGCUACACAAAAGAGAGGUCCACUAGUCAACUCCGAAUAUUAUGUUGGAUGGUUAUCACAUUGGCGUAAACCAUCACCAAUCAUCAAUAGUAACGAAGUUGUGGAAACUAUGAAAAAAAUGCUAGCAUUUAAUGCAUCGAUAAAUUUCUAUAUGUUCCACGGAGGUACAAACUUUGGGUUCACUUCUGGCGCCAAUAAAUACGAGAAGUUAGAAAAUUCAGAAUAUUUGCCACAAUUAACCUCAUAUGAUUACAAUUCUCCGCUAAACGAAGCUGGAGAUCCAACUGAAAAGUACUUUAAAAUUAAGAAAUUGCUCGAAGAAACUAAUUUCUCGGUAUCAAAUGAAAUAUCACCCGUACCAGCACCUAAAGGUGAUUAUGGAACAUUCAAAAUGCAGCCGUUAGUUAGUCUUUUUGAAAAGGUCUCACAGCGGAUUAAACCGGUUGAAAACGAUGUUCCUCUUGGGUUCGAAGUUAUGGGCAUAAAUACGGGGUUUGUAAUGUAUGAAACUAUUUUGACAGACGAACAAAAAGACGUCACAGUUCCUGUAAACCUUACUAUUAGCACAAUUAGAGACCAAGCAACUAUAUUCUUGGACCAGGUACAAGUAAAUAUAAUACCUCGUAAGUAUGAAAAUACACCAGUGAGCUUAAAUAUAAAUAAUACUGUUCAAAAGAUUAGUAUUCUAAUUGAAAAUCAAGGAAGGAUCAAUUACGGAAGCUUUAUGGAAGAUAGAAAGGGUAUUUUUGAACCAGUCACACUGGGUAAUUAUGUACUAGGACCGUGGAAGAUGAUAGCAUACCCUUUAAAUGAAACAUCUUGGCUUUCGACGAUUGAACCACAAAAAUACGCUGUACUACCAGCAUUUUAUAAAACACAAUUUACAUUACCUGAUAGCUUAACAAAACCUUUGGACACUUAUUUAGAUGUUUCUGGUUGGAAAAAGGGCGUUGCUUUUGUGAAUGGAAUAAACAUAGGACGAUAUUGGCCAUCGGCUGGACCACAAAUAACUCUUUAUGUUCCAGCUACAUUUCUUAUUCCACCACCGGGAUUAAACACCAUUGUUAUGUUGGAACUAGAAGAAGUUCCCAAGAACUUAUCAAUAUCGUUAACUGAUAAAUCUAAUCUUUUAGGUCCUAUAAGUAUCUUGUAAACCAAUCAUUAACAAUGCUGGUUAUAUUUGGUAUUUUUUAUUAAUUAAAUUUUUGUUAACGUAGCUAAAA